UGACGUAAAUCAAGGAAAGAUUGCGAUGGACAUUGCGAUGAUGAAGUUGUUUCAUACUGUUCGUUUUGAAACGUGAAAAAAAUACUAAAUUUCUGAUGUGACUGAAACGAAAUCGUACGAUGGGCUGGCUACGCGAUUAUUUUAAAUCAUUCUUUGAUAUUCCUCAAAAGCCGUUGAAUCCAAACGAACUCCCAAGAGAAAUCCAGGAAGAUUUCUACCGACAGUUUGGCCAUAAUUUUGAAUCAAGACAAUGGCCAGAGCCUCAUAUCUAUGAACAAUUUGAUGACUUUGAUGAGCAAAGACAUAAUGAUAUCGUAGUGAUAGAAGGAGGAGAUAUGUUUAGGGAAAUGGAGAGCAUGUUUGAGAACUUCUUUAAAGGAUUCCCACUCAAUUUUAAUCCUCAAGACAGAUCAAUCUUUGACCCAAGACUUGGGAUCGAAUCACCUUCAGAUGAUCCAAGUCAACAGGAUCAGGAAGAACCAGGAUCAUUGAAAGACAAGAUGCUUAAACAUCCAGAUACAGAAAACUACCAGGAAUUCAGUUAUAAUGACGAAGGACAUGAUGCUCCUGGUAUUGGGCCUCACUCAUGGUUUGGAGAACUUUGGACGUCACCUUUUAGACACAUGACUCAUCCAGAUGAAAAAUUAGACAAAGAUCUGGACAGUGAAUUAGAAAGUGGAAUUCAAAGCUUAGAUGAAAUUUUGUCUCAAAAAGGAAAUGAUCCUUCAGAAUCACUGAAAUCUAUGAGGCCUUGGUCAUCAUCAUCGUCUUCAUCCUUUUUGCAAGUCACUACAAUAGACUCUCAAGGGCGUACUGAAAGUAGGACAACAAGACGAGACUCAAGUGGCAGAGAAGAGGUGACAGUAACUAGAAAAAUUGGUGACCAGGAACACACAGUAAAGCACUGGAAAAAUGAAGAUGGCUUAGAAUCUUCAGAAGAAAAGACAGUCAACAUUGAUCAAGAUGAUGUCUCAGAAUUUAAUCAGAAAUGGAGUCAGUCAAACGAGGAUCCUCUAUCUAUCAAAGACAAUGACACAACCCAGCAAGACCCUCUUGGUCUUGACUCAUUCUAUAAAAACAUCUUGGACCAGUUCUUCCCAAGGCGAAGGUAAAAACGAGAAAGAACCCAGUUAGUCUGCAGUUAUGUAAAUGGAAUAACAAAUCGUAGAUACUGCUGCUGUCCCACUAUUGCUUGAUUCUUGGAAGGCAACGAAUAACGCAGACACAACGUUGAUGGCAACAGAAUUGUAUUUUAUUUCAUUAGAUUCAUCAAAUACUGUACAAAUACGGAUCUAAUAAAGCUUUAACAAUGUUUUAUUUAGUACCAAAAUUACAAUAUAUAAAUAUGAUUUACAUGAUUUGCUGUAAGAAGAAACGUCUUUUAGGAACGGUCUGACUGUAGACCUAAUAACUAUGGCUAGGGCUAAUUUAGACAGCCAGAGGUAAAAAAAAGUUUCAACAAAAAGCCGAUAAAAGAAAUAUAAUAAUAAUUUUUGAUGAAAACUUAUUUCCAGAUAUCCCACAUAUUUCCUGGUAUUGUUAGGUUAUUUGCUGCGGGUAUAACUUCGUCUUUAUUAAAUAGAAAAUAAAACAUAUUUACUGCAAA